CAGUAAACCAGGAAGUACUUUUAGCGCAGCCUUCCUUUCACCUCCUGCCUCUUUAACGCGUUGUUAACUGGGCUACGAGUAAUGGGUGUCUGACCUUAAUGAAUAAGAGAGCUCAGAAAAUGUGGCUAUUUUCAUCUGAAUAACUAGAAGAGACAGUGAGGUAAAUAUGCUUAAGGUGUCAGCAUUUCACGCGCUUCGUAGCGUUUCCCUGGAAAGCAUUGGGAUGUCAUUUGCCCUGUUGACAAACAAUGUUUACUCCGUAAGCACCAAACGAUGCAGACUCAGAGGUCUGCAGAGCCGCACCUUGGAUGUCAUAAGAUUGUUCAGCUCCAACCAACAUAACCCAAAGGUCCCAAAAGUGCCAACAUGGGAAUCAGUAGCAGAGGAGCAGCUUCCAACGCCCACGAAAAUCCCUGUUGACCUAGUGGACAAGCUGGAGCGGCUGGCCUUGGUGGAUUUUCGGACAAAACAGGGGCUGGAAUGUUUGGAGAAAGCCAUCCGUUUUGCAGAUCAGCUCCAUGUUAUUGACACAUCUGGGGUUGAACCGAUGGAUUCAGUUCUGGAGGACAGGGCUUUAUAUCUGAGGGACGACACAGUUACAGAGGGUGACUGUGCAGAGGAGCUGCUUAAGCUUGCAAAAAAUACAGUUGAAGAAUACUUUGUUGCACCACCAGGAAACAUUCCUCUACCUAAGAGGGAGGAGAGAGCUGCCAUCCUCAGACACUCCGAGUUCUGAUGACUUAAUUGUGAAUGAUUUAUUAUUUUAAAAUAGAGAACAGUGUAUGUCUGCCUCAGCCUACAGUUUGCAACCCAUCUGGGUAGAAGCUGAGCUGGUUUAUGACUGCCUUUACUGCAGUUUAUAAGCAGCUGUAAACAAUCUGGAAGAAACUGUCAAACAUCUUGCUGGUUUCAUCUAUUUGUCUUCUAUUAAAACUUCCUGUUGUUGAAAAACAAGUUUAGGUUUCAGUUUUAAUUUCACAGAUUAACAUAAAACAUUUUUAUUAAAGUGCGUGUCAAAACUCUUUUUUUGAGGAUUGUUUUAAACUGCUAUAACUAUAAAUCUAAAUAUUGGUUUUACAAUAAAGGAAUAUAAAUGAAAAAAACAA